AUGCAUAUCUUUCCCUUCAUUUUCACUCUCUUCUUCUUCUUCAUCAUCAUCACCACCAACAUCUCCUUCAUCCUAGGACAACAACCAUACAUUGGGCUAUCCACAACAGCAUGUCCUCGAAAAGGCGACUCGAAAUCGAUCCGAGGCUACACAUGUAACGGCCAAACUCACACAUGCCAAGCAUACCUCACCUUCAGAUCUCAACCAAUUUACAGUUCAGUUUCAACAAUCUCAUCAUUACUAGGCUCAAACCCUUCUCAUCUCGCCGAAAUCAACUCGGUUUCCUUAAACGAAACCUUCGAAACAAACAAGAUGGUAAUUGUUCCUGUCAACUGUUCUUGUUCUGGUAACUACUACCAAGCAAACACAUCCUAUGUUUUUCAAAACACAGACACUUAUUUCCUAGUUGCUAACAACACUUUCGAAGGUCUUUCAACUUGUCAAGCUUUGAUGCAUGAGAAUCAUAACCCUGCUGAUGUAUAUCCCGGUAGAAAAUUACUUGUUCCUCUUAGAUGUGCUUGUCCUACAAAGAACCAAACUGAAAAAAACAUUAAGUAUCUCUUAAGCUAUUUGGUUAAUUGGGGUGAUUCUGUUUCACUCAUUAGUGAAAAAUUUGGUGUUAACUUCAAAACCACUCUUGUAGCUAAUACACUUACUUUAACACAUUCUACAAUUUAUCCUUUUACAACACUUCUUGUUCCUCUUUUUGAUAAGCCUAAAAGUUCUCAAAUUCAAACUGUUUCGGUUUCACCACAUCAACAACCUUCUCCUUCAUCAACCUCGCCUACCACCGAUAGAAAAUCGAAAAAAACUUUGGUUUAUAUUGUGGUUGGAGUACUUGGAGGACUUGUAGUUAUAGCUUUAACAUUAAUUCUAUGUGCUUUAAUUUUCUUCAAAAAGGGUAAAAAGAAAAAUGAUUUUUUGGUGAAUGUUUCGGAGAGUACUAGUUAUUCGGCGAAAGAGAAACCUGUGAAGAAAGAAGAAGAAAAAUUGUUAGAGAUUAUUAUGACUGGUAUAGGCCAAUCUUUCAAAGUGUAUGAUUUUGAGGAAAUUAAGGUUGCAACAGAUGAUUUUAGUCCAAGUUUUUUGAUUAGAGGUUGUGUUUAUCGCGGUGUUAUUAACGGGGAUUUGGCUGUGAUUAAGAUAACAGAAGGAGAUGUUUCAAAGGAGAUACAAAUUCUCAACAAAGUUAACCAUUCUAAUGUUAUUCGCCUUUCGGGCGUUAGCUUCAACGAAGGACAUUGGUAUCUUGUUUAUGAGUAUGCUGCAAAUGGAUCGUUAAGCGAUUGGAUAUUUUCUAAGAACAAAAUGAGUGAUGAGAAGUUUCUGAGUUGGAUUCAGAGAAUCAAGAUUGCAUUGGAUGUUGCAAGAGGAGUUGAGUAUCUGCAUAGUUUCACUUCACCUCCGUAUAUUCAUAAGGAUCUUAAGUGUAGUAAUGUUCUUCUCGACAACGAUUUCAAGGCAAAGGUUGGAAGUUUAAGGCUUGCAAGGUGUGUGGGUGGAUUGGAUGAUGAUGAUGAUGAACAAUUUGUUGCUACAAGACAUAUUGUUGGGACAAGAGGUUACAUGGCACCAGAGUAUUUGGAAAAUGGAAUUGUUUCUGCGAAGCUUGAUGUUUAUGCAUUUGGUGUGUUGAUGUUGGAAAUCAUCACAGGGAAAGAGGUUGCUGCUAUUUUGACAGAAGAUAAUGAGAAUCUGAUAGACUUUUUAAGUGGUAAUGAGAAGGUGAAGGAGUUAAUGGAUUCUUCGUUGCGAGGGAAUUAUCCAUUUGAACUUGCUAUGUUUGUGGUCGAAAUUAUUGAGAGUUGUUUAAAGAAGGAUCCGGGAAAUCGUCCUGCGAUGAAUGAGAUUGUAUCGGCUUUGUCAAGAACAUUAAACUCUUCAUUGAGUUGGGAAAUGUGA